AUGGCGGACGUCAAGAGCAAGAACCUCUACGAGCUGUUGGGAAAUACUUCGGAUCAAGAUUCUGACCGCGAGCCUGAUCCACCUACAAAGGCCAUUGACAAGCCAGUCGCUCGUUCUGGGAAACGCGAUGCGCCCAAGGAAGCCCCAGCUGCUCCGACCGAACGUGCGAAUGUAGCUCCCCGCGGUCGGGGUGGUCAUCCUGGAGGUGGCUUCAAUGACAACGAAGCAGCUUUCCGCAACAGAGCCACAGGCAGGAACUACAACCGUGACCAGCCUACCGAAGGUGGUGGUGAGGAUGGCUAUGGCAACCGUCCUGGCCGUGACCGAGGCCCUGGCGUGCAACGUUAUGGUCGCGGUCCACGUGGACCUCGUCGAGGAGGUGAUCGCCACAGCCGCACCGGCGUAGCCAACCACCCAAAACAAGAGGGACAUGGAUGGGGUGAAAACACUGGCAACGCCGAAUGGGCUGAUGAAAAGGCGGGAGAAGCUCAGGCAAAGGAAGAAGAAAAGCAGGCGGGAUGGGAUGCUGGCGCCGAGAACCCAGCGUGGAACGAAAACGCCGAACCAACCACUAUUCCUGAAGGCGGUGAGCCUGUUCAAGACGCUAACCCGGCUGCGGCCGAGGGCGAGGCCGAAGAGCCUCAGGAUCACCACAAGUCUUAUGCCGACUACUUGGCUGAGCAAGCUGCCAAGAGGCUCGAAGGACUCGGUCUCAAACAGGCUCGUGCACCCAAUGAAGGCGCGAAAGAGAACAAGAAAUGGACUGCCGCGAAGGAACUCACUAAGGCCGAUGAUGAGGACUAUUUCAAGGGCGAAGAAAAGGGCAAGCGUGAACGCGAACGUGCACAGAAGAAGGAGUUCCUCGACAUUGACUACAGCUUCAAGGAGCAGCCACGUGAGUCCCGUGGUCGCGGUGGCCGUGGAGCUGGGCGAGGACGCGGAGGAGACCGUGGAGAGUUCCGCGGUGGACGUGGCCGAGGACGCGGCGAUCGUGGUGACUAUCGCGGUGACCAUCGUGGCGACCAUCGUGGCGACCAUCGUGGCGAGUAUCGUGGACGUGGCCGUGGUGGCCGCGGCGAUGCUCCACCGGUGGCUGUCGACGACGAAUCUGCUUUCCCCAGUUUGGGUGGAAAGUAA